AUGGAUCAUGCUGCAAUUGAGCAAACGCACUCACAACACGAGCCCAUAAACUUUGGAAUUGAUCAGAUCCUGAACAAUUCGGAGCCUGGGAGUUGCAUGCACCCGAACCGAGUUGCUGAGUCGGAUUACCAGGUGGCAACCAACGUGUACAACUCCCAGCCUGAUGGCUACAGUAAUGCUUACAAUAACGCCUGCAGUAUGGCCGGAUUGCCGGGAUCCUAUAAUGUUAACAUGUCUAUGAAUAUGAAUGUAAGUAUGAAUAUGAAUCUUAAUAUGAACAGCGGGGCCGGGGUGAUCCGAGUGCCCGCGCACAGACCUAUACCUCCUCCACCUCUGUCGGCCGGGAUGCCAACUGUGCCCUGUCUCCCCAGCAUGGGCAACAUGGCAAACUUAUCUAAUUUAACUUUCCCCUGGAUGGAGAGCAGCAGGCGGUUUGCCAAAGACAGAUUAACAGCUGCCCUGUCGCCCUUCACCGUGGCCAGGAGGAUUGGGCACCCGUACCAGAACCGUACCCCUCCGAAGAGGAAGAAGCCGCGAACGUCAUUCAGCCGCCUGCAGAUCUGUGAGCUGGAGAAACGCUUCCACCGGCAGAAGUACCUAGCCUCAGCCGAGAGGGCGACCCUGGCCAAGGCCCUCAAGAUGACGGAUGCCCAAGUCAAGACCUGGUUCCAGAACAGAAGGACCAAGUGGAGGAGGCAGACGGCUGAGGAACGGGAAGCCGAGAGGCAGCAGGCGAACCGGCUGAUGAUUCAGCUCCAGCAAGAGGCCUUCCAGAAAUCGCUGACUCAGCCUGUUCAACCUGACCCCCUGUGUCUGCACAAUGCCUCACUAUAUGCCCUGCAGAACCUCCAGCCCUGGGCAGAUGACAGCAGCAAAAUCACCUCCGUGACUUCACUGGCAUCGGUGGUCUGAAUGACAAUAACACUGGCAAUUGUUCUGGGAACUUUCCUUUUCUCUCCUCACUGGCAGAGACACUCAAAGCCCCCCCCAUACCAAAUCGUGCUGCACAUUACUGUAUAUUACUGGCCAGAAUCUUUUCUUUUUAAAAUGUAAAGUAUAGUUAUCAGACACAGACAUACAGAUACAC